UAGGUGACACAUUGUUCAAUUAGGAUUAUAGUUGUAGGUUUCAUGUGAAUUAAUCUCCCUCCAAAUCCUGUUAGAAUCCAAUUUGUGAUAAUGAGCAGAAAAGUCAAAUGCAUGGCAGAUCAGAAAUGAUAAGACAAAGCAGCUUGGGGAACUGAGUGCACUUGCCACGCGGCCACCACUCACACCAUGGACAGCAACAGCACGGCGUGGAGCUCGGAGGCCGAGGCACCCACCAUCUUCCCACGCGUGGGCUACAGCAUCCUGUCCUUCCUCAUGUUCAUCAACACGCUGCUGACUGUGUUCAAUAACGGUCUGGUGAUCGCUGUGUCCCUGAGGAACCCCACUCUGCUGCACCCAAUGAACGUGUUCAUCCUGAGCCUGGCUGUGUCCGACCUAAUGAUCGGCCUUUGUGGCUCCCUUGUGGUGACCGUCACCAACUACUACGGAUCUUUCUUUAUCGGAAGAACCGCCUGUGUCUUCCAGGGAUUUGCCGUCAACUACUUUGGCCUGGUGUCGCUGUGUACAUUGACCCUGCUGUCGUACGAGCGUUACAAAGUGGUGUGCAAACCAAGCAUCGGUCGCAAGCUGAGCAUGAGCCGCAGCGUCACAGGGCUAAUUUUCGUCUGGCUCUCCUGCCUAUUCUGGGCUGUGAUGCCUCUGUUCGGAUGGAGCGGAUACCAGCCCGAGGGCGUACAGACGUCUUGCUCUUUGGCCUGGGAGGAGAGGUCAUGGAGCAACUACAGCUAUCUAAUCCUCUACACACUGGUGUGCUUCAUUUUUCCAGUGACUGUCAUUAUCUACUGCUACUCCAAUGUGCUCACGUCCAUGCGGAAGUUAAAUAAAAGUGUGGAGCUGCAGGUUGGCCAUUCUUUGCAAAAGGAGACUGACUACGCCGUCAAGAUGGUCCUGGCUAUGACUUUGGCCUUCUUCAUGUGCUGGCUGCCCUAUACCGCUCUGUCUGUGGUGGUGGUAUUGGAACCGCAGCUAAACAUUCCUCCCUUGUUGGCCACCAUGCCCAUGUAUUUUGCGAAGACCAGCCCUGUGUACAACCCCAUCAUCUACUUCCUCUCUAACAAGCAGUUUCGAGACGCCACCCUAGAGAUGCUGUCCUGCGGCCGCUACAUCCCCCGUGGAACCACCCCUGUAGUCAGCAUCAGCAUGCGGCCCCUUAACAGGAGGAGCCAGGCCAGCUGCUCUAGCAGGAUCAACAGGCACAGCAAGGUGCUGCCUCUGUGACAAGCCCCUCCCCAGGCCUCCUAGAACAAACUCACCGAGAGACCACCACAGACGCCUUCAACACCUUGGGGGUCUGGACAGGGAGAAUGACAGCUGAGGAGCAGAAGGAGGACAAAGGAAGCAAGAGGAGUCCUUCUGCGGCACACUCAUGUAAUCCAAGACAGGCUGAGUGUUGUUUUCCUCACUUCGUCUGGUCAGUGACUGUCGCUGUAGAACCGUGAAGGCUUGAAUUGGCCACUUCAUUAGGUACAGCGACACUCACCAAGAUUAUCAAAAAUUUUACGUUUAUAAAAAUUAAUUGUUCUCUGUUAUAAUAAUUUUUCUAUAAGCAUAAUUAUUUGACAGUGGUACACUGACUUGCAAGUCAGGUCAUGACUUAGGUCAAGUAUAUGCAUAGAUACAUAGAUAAUGCUAGAUCAAGGCGAGUCUGCGGCGUAAUUAACCGGCAGCCGUCUUGCAUUAGGGGACUUCUCCGGUGGGUUCUGUUGUAAUUGAGGUAAGGUGAGUGAUUUUCUUCCCCUGAAAUACUCUUAACAAGCUGAUUUUUUAAAUGAAUUUAAAAACAGGUUGGAUUAUAACAAACCAGGAUAUGGCUAUGUGAUGUUUCAGGCCGGAUAUUAAAACAUAUAUGUAGUAAAUUUACUGCAUUGCUGACGUAAAGCUGUUUGAAAAUCGGUUGAAAAUUGAGCAAUAUAGUGGUAUUUUAAGAUUGCGUGCUCCAUUGACUAUAAUGCUAUGUUUAUUGAAUGUGCACGAUGAAAAUGGCCGACAUGUAACGAUGCACAUUUUCAUUGGGUCACAUCUUGCAUCAGAAAGCUAGCUUCAUACAUAUGAUAUCUAUGGAAUAUUCACAUUCUACAUUUAUGUAGCUGUACAGAUACUGUAAUUUGUCAUGUACUGUAUAGAAUGAAAAUGUGUAUAAUACCUAAAACUUGCCCUUCCAAAACCGUUUUUCUUUUGUAUACCUUACAACCCUUCUCUUCCAUCACAUUUGUGUGUACGGGGGUGUGUAGGUGUGUGCAUGUCUGCAAAUGUAAACAGAAGUUCUCUUACCUUGAUAACACUUUUGGCUUUCAUCACUCCAGCCUUGUCCCAGAUGUGUUCUAAUGUUUACCCAGUGGCGAGAACAAAAUAGCCAUUUCCUGGUACUAUAUAUACCAGUACAUUUGUUACAUUAGACAUUAUUGGUGCAUUAAGAGAUUUGAUAUGAAGCCCUAACUCUACAAUGAGAACACAUCCCAUUACAUUCCAAUAACAUUUUGAAUUUUAACAAACAGCCUGGAGUGCUAGAAAACACCUUGGAGUGCAUUUCUUUCAAAAUUGCCUCGAUCAUGGUCGAGCCCCCAAUUUUUUUUUUUUUUUUUUUACAAUAUCCAGAUAUUGCUAAACUUCUAUGAAAUACUUCUUCUUUACUGUAUAUUGCAUGUGCUCAUGUGUUAUAUUCACCCUUUGUUUUUGAUCAUUUUUGAGGAAACAAAAGAAUGCGUUACGUACAUAAGAAAUCAGCGCAAGAAACAGCAAGCCCAUUUAUUAUGAGUGCUGACAAAAAAAAAAUCCUGACAUAUUUUACACUUUUGCAUUUUUAUUCGUAUUCUUCUGAUGCUUACAUCUUGACCACAACUACAACAAAAAGUUUAAGUAAGACUUUAAGUUGUCAGGUCAAGUUUUAAGUCCUCACUAUUUGUCCAAGCCAAUGUUUUUUCCCGGAAAUUUGGUCAGUGCUCUGAUGAGGUCAAAUUUGCCUUGUACACUGCGCAUCUAUCUGCAAACAUGCAAACAAACUGCUAACAUUUUGCACAGUUCAACACGCUGCUUGUCACUGUUUUGGAAACACUGGUAUAGGUGCCUUUUAAAAGUGGGUCACUAUUGGAGACCCAGUGUUGUAUCACUAUACUUUACUUUUUAUUGUUGUUAUUUUGUUGUUAUUUUUACUUUUUUAAAAUCUUUUCCAUGUAUUGUGUUUGUGUUGUUGUAACUUGGACCUUGAAUCGGUUAAUAAAAUCUAUCUAAACACAGCUCAAUGUAAUUUUUACAUUUUAAAUGAGAAUAGGUUUACUGAAUAAACUGAGUAAUGGUACCUUGACUUAUGAGUUUAAUUUAUUCUGUGACCAAACUCAUAAAUCAGUACAAUCGUAUAUCAAUUUUCCCCAUAGAAAGUAAUUGGAAUGUCGUUAAUUUACAAAAUACAAUCCAAUGUUAUUGGCUUUAGUACACGGACAUCGCAUUGUAUUGUAUUAAACAUAUUGAAAUAGAAUGUAAGGACAUAACUUAAGUUUAUCUAGUGUGAAAUGUGUUCAUAUUGUAACAUUUGUGUGUUGGGUUUGCAUUUAAGGUUUGUGUGGCUUCUUUGACAUCUUCGCUGGAG